GCAGCCGUGGAGCGCGCGUGCGCGGAGCUCCGGCCUUCAGCGUGUCGCGUUUGACCGCCCGGGGGGGAGACACCGUCCGUCGGCAAGUUCUGUUCCCGCGCUCGUUCCGGUGUUGACGCUGAUUCCAAACGAACGUGCUGACGUGAAGUUCCCGUGUUUUGCGUGCGUGCGUGCGUGUGUGUGUGUGUGGGCCUCAACUAAUUGGAUUAAUUUAAACUACACGUUAUAACAUUACUGUCGCAGUACAAACCAUGGAUAGUGCGCGAUUACGUAUCAUCAAAAUUAACCUGUGAAAUUAUUCUUUCAGUUGCGAGGAAAUAGUGCUGCAGCUUAAGCUGGUUACUUUAACUAGUUAGUGGUGUUAAAAGUUGAGAAAGAUUGGCGGAUUUUUUUUUUCAUUUGCCGGUGUGUGUAAACUCAUACCCAAGCCACUGAAACAUUAACGGUGACCCGUAGUGUUGUUGUUUCUCCCGGAGCCAGCGAUAGAGCAGUGCCGGGACUGCGCGGGCCCCCCACGAUGGCCGGCAGCCUGUGAGAGCCGCGGCAUGGAGGCCGGCAGCCACGACAGCGGCGAGGCCGCCGUGCGGGAGUCGCGCCGGGCCAAGCUCGGCCGCAAGCUGUCCCGCCGCCUGUCCCUGGUGGCCAAGGUGCCCAGCUUCAUCGGCGCCAAGCUGGGGCCCAGGGAGGCCGCCCCUCGCGAGCGCCCCAGGGAGGCCGCGCGCUCCUUCGAGAUCACCACCAUAGCCCCGGACAAGACGCAGAGAAUACUGGCGACCAGCACCUCGCAGACGGUGCGCGCGCUCGUAGCGCCCCUGGCGGAGGAGUUCGGCGUGCAGGAGUGCCGCCUGCUGCUGGCGGGGUCCAUGGCCGCCGUGUUCCCCGGCGCAGACGUCAGCCUGCUGGAGGGCGAGGUGCUGCUGGUGCAGGAGGGCCGGCGGCCCGCGGACCCGCGCGCAGAGAGUGACGCGCGCCUCGGGCUGACGGAGGCGCUGCUGUGCGGCGAGCAGCGGUACUACGAGGCGCUGGGCUCGGCGGGCGAGCUGUACGGUGGCGCGCUCAGCAGGCUGCGAUGCCUGGAGGAAGACGAGCAGGCGCUGCUGUUCGGCGGGCUGGCCGACCUCGCAGGCGCCAGCAGGCGGCUCGCCCAGCAGAUUCAGGAGACGCUGGACAAAUGGGACCCAGACAAAACUCUUCUCGGGGGGCUGUUCUCCGGGCAGCUGUGGAGCCACUACGACAGCUACCAGGAGAACUACUCCGCGGCCCGCCAGCUGCUCCGCGAGAAGAACGCGACGGACGACGAGUUCGUGGAGCUGUGCAAGCUGCGGCGCGGCGCGGCCCAGGACACGCUGGAGACCCUGCUGGACCUGCCGGUGCAGCGACUGGCGCAGUAUGAGCAGUACUUCCAGGCGCUGCUCUCGGAGACCCGCCAUGACAGCCCCGACCACGAGGACCUGUCCCGGGCCAAGGCGAAAGUUAAGCAGGCUCUGAAGAGAGGCCAGGAGGAGAGCGACUUGGAGAGGAUACAGGACCUCUUCCCGAACGACUUCCUGCGACUGUACGACAAGGAUGUGUACACCAUGAAGAUGAAGAGCCUGAUCCGCAAGCGGUCGACGACCGCGGCGCGCCUGCAGAGGGCGCUGUCGGCCAAGGGCGCGCGGGAGGACGAGGUGAAGGAGCAGUCGCCGGCGCCGCGGCCGGGCCAGCCCAAGAGGCAGUUCCUCAUGGAGGCGCCCGUCACCUUCACCUCGGGCGUGCAGAGCCAGGAGCGCCACCUGUUCCUCUUCAACGACCUGCUGCUGGUGGCCAAGGCGCGCUCGGGGGGCAGCUUCAAGCUCAAGGACAAGGUGCGCGCCUCCGAGAUGUGGCUGACGCGCUGCGCCAUGGAGGACGUCGUCGAGGUCAACAAGUCGCUGGAGACGUCCUUCGUCGUGGGCUGGCCCACCACCAACGUGGUCGCCACCUUCAGCACGCAGGCGGCGCGCGACCUCUGGUGGAGCAAGCUGACGGAGGUGGUGUCCGCAGAGCGCGACAAGGAGCCCCGCUCCACCAACAUCCAGGUCGUGUUCUUCGACACCGCCACCAGCAUCGAAUACUGCAAGACGUUCAGCGUGGGGCCGGAGGAGACGGCGCGCGCCUGCAUCCGCCUGGCGCUGGAGCACCUGGAGAUGCGCGGCCUGGACGCCGACGACUACCAGCUGUGGGCGGCGACGGGCCGCGACGAGGCGCCCUACCCGCUCAUCGGCCACGAGCGGCCCUUCGCCAUCAAGCUGAGCAGCCUGCGCGAGGGGCUGAGCACGGAGGAGGGCUUCGACCUGGACCACUGCAACAACGUGCACGGGCCGGGCCCGCUCGCCAAGUGCCAGUUCAUCCUCAGGAGCAAGCGGAAAACGAGCGAGUGCACCGUCAACAUGGAGACGAAGAAAGCGAGCAAGAAGAGCCGCAAGUCCCCCAUGAGGAUCCGGCAAGUGUUCCGCCGCAGCCUGAGCAAAGGAGAAGACUGCGUCGACUGCUCGGCCGGACUGCUGUUCGGCAUUCCGCUUGCGAAACUCUGCGACGGCGACAACUUACCCAGGCCGGUGAUGGCGAUGCUGCGCGAGGUGUUCGCCAAGGGCCCCUUCACGCAGGGCAUCUUCCGCAAGUCGGCCAACGCACGGCUGGUGCGCGAGCUGCGCGACAAGCUGGACUCGGGCGAGGAGGUGGCCUUGGAGCACGUGCCCGUGCUGGCCACGGCCGCGCUCCUCAAGGAGUUCCUGCGCUCGCUGCCCGACCCGCUGCUGGGCGGGGCGCUCUACCCGGCCUGGAUGGAGGCGCUCGAGUGCCCCGACGAGCAGGAGCGGCUGCUGCGCGUCAGGAGCGUACUGGACCAGCUGCCGCGCCCCAACCAGCUGCUGCUGCAGCACUUCCUGUGCGUGCUGCACCACGUGGCGCGCGGCGCCGCCCACACGCUCAUGCCGGCCGGCAACCUGGGCGUGUGCGUGGGCCCCAGCCUGCUGUGGGGCGGGCCCGCGCCGCUGGGCUCGCGCGCCGUGCCGGCCCUGGUGGAGCUGCUGGUGGCGCGCUGCGAGCUGCUGUGCGGGCCGCACGUCCCGUGCCUGCUGGGCGCGGCCCCCGAGCGGGACCCCGCGCGCCGGGACAGCGGCGCCGAGGAGUCGGACAGCCUGCACUCCGGGGGCCUGCGGCGCGACGACUCGUCCAUCGACAGCCUGGAGCGGGAGCUGAUGGAGCCGUGCCCGCCCCCGCGCAAGGACAAGAUGUCGCUGAGCCGCGACUCGGGCCUCACCAUGUCAGACUCCUUCACGCCCGACGAGGAGGAGAGCGGGUCCACCAGCUCGGGCUCGGGCCGGGCCCUGUACCCGCCCCCUCAGCCGGCCCGCUACGAGCACGGCCAGGUAACGUCAUCGUAUUCAGUACCGGCUGCUACAUCCACCCCCAACUGCCACCAAACAAGAGAGCAGACACUCCCGGGGAUCGCGGGCGCACCCACGACGCGAGAAUACGUGCGUGUGUACGGGGGAUGGGAGGAACGUGUGCAAGAGUGUUGCCGCAACAUGUCGUCGGACGACUCAGUGUAUGCCCGUCCCCAAAAUGGGCAGGGAGCCAUCAACUCCAACUUCCAGCGACAGGACUGGUUCAGGCAGCGGUCGCACCUCAAGAGACUUAACAGUGGGGGCACGAGCAGUGGUUCGAGUUCCAAGUCCAGCCACCACACGUCUGGGUCCAGUAGCGGCAGUGCUUCCUCCGGGGUGGGGGGUCUCCAUCAGCACUCCUACCGGAGCUCGGGUCCGUCCGGCCUCAUGAGGCGGAGUGCUUCCGAGGAGUCCUUGCUUAACAGUGUUAAUGAACUUCAUUCCUAUGAUGACGAAGAUGGUGUUGGUGUAAAAAAACCAGCCCUUCAUAGAAAGGGCAAGGCCCCUCUGCCUCCACCCCCAACAAACGCCACGUCUUUGUUGGAAGUCCGGGACAACUACACAUGCUACAAGCCUGCAACACCCAUCAGCAGAUCAAAAUCGGCCCACCAUCUCCACAUGGAUUUGGAUGUUCCAAAUCCGUAUGCAAAGAAGGACGUCAAUUUCUCCAGACAGGACACGGACGUUUUGGGGGAUAACUCCGGACACGUCGUUCGGCCGCACAGGAGCGGCCAUCGGAAGGCUGCUCGUUCAUCGACGGACGAUUGGUCCCGCUCCCGCUCGACCCCGCACAUUGCGACCGCGAUGCUGGAGGAAGUCGAUCGUUCGUACGACUCCAGCACUUUGUCUGAUGAUGACUCCACGCCUCACGUAUCGCGCUCCAACUCGAGAGGGAAGGACUGUGCUGCGGCCAAUUCAGCGUGGGAGAGUGCUUACGGGACGGCACAGACGGAACUGUUGGUACACGCCGCUCCAGUAAACAUAGAGGAGAGCUGCAGCGAUUCGGACCCGUCACCCCACGUGUCUGGGAUCCCCGCAGCUCCCACGACCCCGGCUCACCACAGGAAGUUGGGAACGAUAGUACCGCCGUCUUUCGCACAAGACACUUCGGCUCCUCCGCUGCCGCCGAAAAGGAGCUCGGCCGAGGUCAAGCUUCGUCACCUUCCCCCGGUGCACGUCGACGCCCCGCCUCGAACACAGGCGACUCGGCCACAGAGCUCCUAUAUUUCUGGCGAGGAAACCAUGGCGUGGGAAAGUUCCGACACUCAAACACCUCGAAAACCACCGGAGAGGCGUGGCCGGCACAGGCAAAGGGGUUCCAACCCCAGGUCUUCGCAACGUUCAAAGUCGCUGCCACCACCACCGGGCGAAAGUGUAACGGCAGAGGACGAAGAUAAGCCUUCAGAGGAAAGAAAUCACCCACAGAAUCUCCACGGAGAGAUUUCCUGGAGUGUAUCUCAGCUCCGAUCACUGUUCACAACCAGCGGCGGACGACCACCUCCCUACCGCCCGCCUCCCAGUGUGAUACCCAGUUACAGGGCCCCGAUAACAUCCUACCACUUGGGCAACAGCCAGUCUGAGAGGUAUGUUGUUUCCAGGCGUCUGCUCCUGGACUCUGGCCCACGACUGCGUGUGGAUUCCACAGAGGAAGAAGAGUCAUAUGUUUAAGGCAUUGUCUCUCAUUAUAUUGCCCAGUCAUGUGGUUACCACAAAAUGUAUUUCCCAGAGUUUUCAUUGUGUUAUUGUGAGUCUGGUUAAUACAUGUGGCCACGUUUUCUGGUGGGUUUUAUAGCCAAGUACCUGAAUAGACAGUGUAGUUGACUUACGUAUGUGCAUGACAAUUUAUUUGCAAAGUAUAUAUUAUUACCAUAAACAGUGAGAAAUGUCUAUAAAGGUUAUGUUUUACAGUGUUCCAUUUUUGUAAAUUUUAGCCUGUGUACAGAUGCAGUAUUGUGUUAGCACAAUAUUUUGAUAGUCAAUCAUUGCCAUAUUGUAGAUAGCAUGAAAUCUUCAGUUUGAUUUGAGACAAGUUGCUUCCAUUUGAAAUACCUAGUCUAUGUUGAUUAGUAUUUUAUCAUGUUUAUUUGAUUUGCUCCAUGCAUACAGAAAUAUUUUUGAACAGAAGAAUAUUAGCAAAAAGUAAUUUUUUAAUUAAUUAUAAUAUGAGAAUGCUCAACUUCAAUUAACACCUUGAUUAUUCUAGUAUUUUAUGUUAUUUUCACCAUCUGAUAUUAAAUUAAUAGAUUGGUUUAUCAUUUAGGAGCUUGUAAAAUUAAUUAAAAAUAAUGAUGUUUUAACAUUGUAACAAAAGUGUAUAUAUGUAUAUACAUUCUUGCUGUGUCAUGUUGCAUUAUUUGCUCAGACUCAUCCAUGAGAACAAAUGUUUGUUUUCAUUGUCUCUUCAGUGAGUUACCACAAAACUUGUACCAAUUGGAUAAUAAUUUCAUGCCACAUGUAAAUUGUUAUAAAUUUAUAAAGAUUGCUGCUCAUAUAUUUGAUGAACCAUGAGAAGCAUAUGACUGACUUUUUACUUGAUAGUGUAUCAUACAGCUGAUAUUUUUUCCAUCGGAAAGUUUGAAUUAAUAAUGGUUAUUUAUGUGGAUGUAAUCUCAUGGACGAAGGAUAGAUAUGUGUAUGGACAGUAGUUUAUAAUCCUUAACAAAAUGACAUUGUGCAAGGUGUUUGACUUUAGGUUACAUUUAACCUAGAAGUAAUUUUGUAUGAAAUUAUUUUAAUAAAGAAAAUGACUUUUUA